CGUUCGGCGCGUGCGUCAUAACCUCAAAUAAAUCAGGCAUAGAAGUUAAAAAUAAAUAAAUAUUAUCAACACUUACCACACAAAGACGUCCGCACAACAGAAGUGAUAAACAUCCAAACGAGAAAAGAAAUUAGUAUGAUAUACAAACUAUUAGUUUUCCUAUUGCACCUGUUGAAUUUUAGCAACUUUACAUAUUCUAGCAUUCACCCCGUAGUUUUUAUCCCUGGAGACGGUGGAUGCCAAUUGGAAGCGAGAUUAAACAAAAGCCUAUCUGUACAUUACAUAUGCGAAAAAGCUUCCGAUUAUUUUAACAUAUGGCUGAAUUUGGAGCUUCUUAUACCAGUAGUCAUUGACUGCUGGAUUGACAAUAUUAAACUCAUUUAUGAUAAUAAAACCAGGACCACAAGAAGCCCAGAUGGGGUUAACAUUAGAAUUCCAGGUUUUGGGUUGAGUGAAGUUGUUGAAUGGAUUGAUCCAAGUCAUGCAAGCACAGGGGCUUACUUUUCUGAUAUUGCCACCACUCUAGUCUCCUUAGGUUAUUCCAGAAAUAAGAGUAUUAAAGGAGCCCCAUAUGAUUUUAGGAAGGCACCAAAUGAAAACCAAGAGUAUUUUGUAAAACUAAAAAAAUUAAUUGAAGACACGUAUGAGGAAAACAAUAAAACAUCCAUAAUGUUGAUCGCACAUUCAAUGGGGGGACCAAUGUCCAUACACUUUUUAAAUAAGCAAAAGCAAUCUUGGAAAGACAAAUAUAUUCAAAGGUUGGUGACACUGAGUGGAGUAUGGGGUGGAUCUAUGAAGGCUGUGAAAGUAUAUGCAGUAGGUGAUGAUUUAGGGUCCUACUUUUUAAGAGAAAGUGUGAUGAGAACUGAACAGAUUACAUCUCCAAGUUUGGCUUGGCUACUUCCCUCAAAAUUAUUUUGGAAACCAGAUGAAAUUCUCAUACACGCUGAAAAUAAAAAUUACACAUUAAAUAAUUUGGAAGAAUUUUUUAGGGAUAUAUAUUUCACAGAUGGGUGGGAAAUGAGAAAAGACACAGAACCAUAUCAACUUGAUUAUAAUGCACCUGGUGUAGAAAUGCACUGCCUGUGGGGAACAGAUGUGGAUACUAUUGAACAAUUAUAUUAUAAACCUGGCACUUGGUUAGAUGGUUAUCCAACAUUUAUAUAUGGUAAUGGAGAUGGAACAGUUAAUUUAAGAUCACUGGAAGGUUGUAUGCAUUGGCAGUCAUUGCAAAAAGAAAAAUUUUUCUUCAAAACAUUCCCGAAAGUAGAUCACCUUGGUAUAUUACAUGACAAAAAUACUCAAAACUACAUUGCUAGUCUUGUUAUCCGUGAUGAAGACAGAUUCAAUCAAAACAAAACAGAAGUAAGGUUGAAAUGGAAUACAUUUUUGAAGCGCCUAAAAGAUUUACACAAUAUUAAAAAUUCACUCAAAAUGGUAUCUGAAAAUACGAAAAAUUUAACCAGCAAGUUUGAGUCUGCCAAAUUUGAAAUAAACAAUGUUUAAUCACUUCUCAGAAUAAAAUGAAGUAAAUCUUAAGAGUUAAAUUUGAGUUUAUGUUAUAAACACCUACUUCAUAUCUCACAAAACCAAAUUCUAUAAAUUAUAAAUUAAUAUCUAGGGUGGUCUAAACUAAAUACCCGUCAACGGAAAUUCCACCUU